GCCAUUACUAUUUAGUACUGGAGGAGGUGGUACUGGUGACUUUUUGAAGAAGGCUGCUGGCUCAAGGAGCUGGAUACUAAUGAAUGCGUCAGGUCAAGAAAUGAUUUUGGAUGUUAACAAGUACGAGAUUUUGGACCGCUUACAAAUUCAUCCACGCGAUCUUCGCAUGCUUGAUCCUCUCUUGUCCUAUCCUUCCACCAUUCUCAGUCGAGAAAGAGCCAUAAUUCUCAAUUUGGAGGUUUUGAUUCAAGAUCCACUGGAUGACAAUGUUCUUCCUGUGGUUGAGAAACUUCGAACGAGAUUGAAUCCAGUGGAUGCCAGUCGUAGACAUCAAGGGGAUGACCAGUGUUCAGCUGCACAACAUGAUGUUGAAGUUGAUGGGGAAGACAGUAAUUGUCCAUUUGAAUUCAAAGCCCUGGAGGUGGCUUUAGAAGCUAUAUGUAGCUACCUUGCUGCCAGCGCCACAGAAUUCGAGGCUGCACUCUACCCGUCUUUGGAUUUGGUUACCUCCAAGAUCAAUAGCCGUCAUUUGGAUCAUAUUCGCAAGUUAAAGAGUCAAAUAACAAGGUUGGCUGCCCGCUCGCAAAAGGUAAGGGAUGGGCUUCAACAACUUCUGGAUGAUGGUGAUAGCAUGGCUGAUCUAUACUUGUCUAGAAAAGUAGCCAGUUUACCUUUACCAACAAGCAGAUCAAUACCAAAUAUCGCCAAAUUGUUUCUUGCUGCGCCUUCAGUAAGCUCAAGGCAGUCCGAAGCAAGUAGGGAAAGCAUCGUCAUCGUUCAUGGAGAUGAAAAUGAUGUUGCAGCGCUUGAGAUGCUACUUGAGGAUAACUUCAAGCAAAUCGAUGGCACGUUGAAUAGGCUAACUACGCUUCGUGAAUAUAUUAGUAACACAGAAGACUGCUUAAACAUUCAGCUUGACAACCUACGAAAUCAGUUCAUUCAGAUAGAGCUGGUCCUGAGUGCAGCAGCCGCAAGCAUAGCAAUUCAUUCUUUGGUGGCUGGAAUAUUUAGUGUGAGCGUCCCAUAUACCUGGAAUAAUGGUUAUGCAUAUACUUUUAAAUGGGUGGCCGGCGUCCCUGGAGUUUUCAGCGCUGUCCUUUUUGUUAUUAUCCUUUACUAUGCUCGCAAAAAAGGCCUUCUUGGAUCCUGAAAUUCAGAAUUCAUCCAGUAAUGCCAUGUUGAAGAGGAUGCAUUCUACCAGUUGUGGAACAAAAUUAUUGCCUCAUUUUUCCACAGACUACGAAUUUUUACCACUAUAUAUGUGUAUGAACUUACAAAUUCUGACCCAUUAGCUCUGUGGAGCACCCAACAGCAUGUCGAAGUAUUCAAUUAUAUAUUAUAUCAUAU